GCUUUGCAGAACCAUCGCAUUGCGACGAGAUACUCACUUGAGCGACGAACGACUUAUUUGCGAUCUGACUACUUGCUCUCUAUACGAUACUUGCGACUAUUGGAAUUUCACGAGCGACAAGGAAUUGAGGCUUCAGUCAACCCGUUGACGACCACCACUCGCCGCUACCCACUCUUCCCUCCCAGCCCCUCCUUUCCGCUUCGUCUUGUCGGUCACCGCUUUUCGCAUCCGUGUUGUCGUCCAUUACUCUCUUCGAAUCGCAUAUUUGGAAUUCACACGCUUUUUGGUUUCCUUGUCGUGCAGUCCCGUCCUCGUUCGCCCUGUUUGCCCUCCGCCUCCCUUCCCUCUCCUUUUUUCCCUCCCCUUCGCCCUCUGUGCGUUGUCAUUCUCACCCCCUCCCCCCAAGCGCGCCAUGGACAAGUUCACGAUGAUCAUCGAAACGCCCCCGAGGGCCGUCGGCAGCACCAUCGCCACCGGCUCCAGCCACCAGAAGCGCCACGCCCUCGGCACUCCCAAUGCGGACCGCGGCACGCCCGCGUCCGCGAAGAGGGCGCUCAAGCUCUCCACCCCGCGCACACCGUCGCAGGCGGACCGCUUCAUCCCCAACCGCGGCGCCAUGGACCUCGACAUGGCGCGCUUCAACAUGGCCCGUGACGUCAGCACCAGCAGCGGCGCGAGGGAGAACAGCACGUCGCACGAAGUCACCUCGCCCAACGCGGCGCAGUACCGGAAGCAGCUGGCGGAGAAUCUCCUCCGCGACAGCCCUUCCGCCAACACCACCCCCUCCGCCCGCCCCCGCGGGGCCAAGAUCCUUUCCUUCAAGCCCGCGCGCUCCCCCUCCGCCGAUUCCUCCGACUUCCCCACCCGCGGGGCGCUCUUCUCCCCCGCCGAUUCCGCCUGCGCGAGCGUCGGCAAGCGCAAGGCGUUCCGGUACGUCCCCCAGGCGGCGGAGCGCAUUUUGGACGCGCCGGACCUGGUGGACGACUACUACCUGAACUUGCUGGCGUGGAGCAGCAGCAACGUGGUGGCGCUGGCGCUCGGCGCGUCCGUGUACCUGUGGGACGCCGCCACCGGCGGCAUCGAGGAGCUGCUGCACGUCGGCGGGGACGACGCCGACGAGGCCGCGGGCAGCGGCGAGUACGUGAGCAGCGUGGCGUGGGCGGCGGACGGCAAGCACCUGGCGGUGGGGCUGAGCGGCUCCGAGGUGCAGGUGUGGGACAGCCAGCGCCUCAAGCAGGUGCGCGCGCUCAAGGGGCACGCGGGGCGCGUGGGCGCCAUGGACUGGAACGGCGCCACGCUCUCCACGGGCGGGCGCGACGGCGCCAUCCUCAACCACGACGUGCGCAUGCGGCACCACGUCACCGCGCGCCUCACAGGCCACGAGCUGGAGGUGUGCGGGCUCAAGUGGUCGCCAUCGGGGCGGCAGCUGGCGAGCGGCGGCAACGACAACCUGCUGCACAUCUGGGACGCCGCCGCCAUGGCGCCCGCCGCCGCCGCCUCCGCCCUCUCCUCGUCCGCGCGUGUGGCGAGCGGCAACGCGCCGUGGCUGCACCGGCUGGACCAGCACCAGGCGGCCGUCAAGGCGCUCGCCUGGUGCCCCUUCCAGGCCAACCUGCUGGCCUCGGGCGGCGGCUCGGCCGACCGAACCAUCAAGCUGUGGAACACGCAGACGGGGGCGUGCGAGCGCAGCGUGGACACGGAGUCGCAGGUGUGCGCGCUGCAGUGGAGCCAGCACGACAGGGAGCUCCUCAGCUCGCACGGGUACAGCCGCAACCAGCUGUGCCUGUGGCGCUAUCCCUCCAUGACCAAGGUCGCCGAGCUCCACGGCCACUCCGCCCGCGUGCUGCACCUCGCGCAGAGCCCCGACGGCGCCACCGUCGCCUCCGCUGCCGCCGACGAGACGCUGCGCUUUUGGAAGGCUUUCGGCGGACCCAAGGGGGAGGAGAGCAGCAAGGGCGGGUGCAAGGGCAGCGGCAGCGGCAGCCUUGAGCGCGGAUUCAGCAGCCGCAGCAUGAGCAUCAGGUGAAUGGGGCUCAGCACUUAGGUGGCAGCACCAGCAACAGUGGCAGCUUAGGUGGCAGCACCAGCAACAGUGGCAGCUUAGGUGGCAGCACCAGCAACAGUGGCAGCUUAGGUGGCAGCACCAGCAACAGUGGCAGCACCAGCAACAGUGGCAGACCAGCAACAGUGGCAGCACCAGAUUCAGUGGCAGCACCAGCAACAGUGGCAGCACCAGAUUCAGUGGCAGCACCAGCAGCACAUAAGUGCUUGGAGCUUUCACAUGGUAGAGUUGUAUGGCCAGGGCAUGGCUGGCAGCAAGCACAAGACACAUAGCGCAGGCUGCAUGGCAAACACACACCACACUAGAGUGGUCGUGCACCGCAUUGCACUGCACUGCAGGGGUACAGUCACCUCCCAUUGAUCCGCCCCUCGGUGUCAUUGUUUGUACAUACGUAUCACUAACCACUUAUCGAAAUUAAUACGAAUGGAGGUACAGGUCAUAUGCCCUGAGAGCCCCGGGGGCGACGCGAGAGAUUUCGCUUACAACGAAUAUGGGCCGUACGGUAGGGGCAACGUGGACUAUCGGGUUUUCCCAGGAAAUGGGGAGUUGUUUUUUGUGUACUGUGCAUGGGCG